AUGGUGGCAUGGAAGAACAUUUUUCCUCUAACGGAGAGAAGCAAGCAGCUGGGUUACUUGCCUUUGAAAGACGAGGCGUGGAUCACAACGUCGAACCCAUGGUGGAGGUUUUUAACGGAUCGGCCUCCAGUACCAAGCACUCCGAUGACAAACUCAGGGCCAUCAGCAACAAGAUCCAUAAUGCAGAACUCGGAAAAAUAUCUAUCGGAAGCAGAAGCGAUGUUGACGGAGACAGUGAUUUCAGAAAUGAAGAAAUUGAUCAACUUCCCGGUGGAAUGCUCGUUGAUGGGCAGCCUUCACAAGGUGAAAAUGAUCCAGUUUGCCGAGCCCAGAUUAAGUGAAACGAUUGUAGCCAAGGCAACACAAGGGGACUUGGGAAUAAUCAUGCACUCAGUGACUCUAAUCAAGGGGAUUUGGGAGUCAAGGAAAGAGAUGUUGGAGGUAUGGAGAUUGAGAAACACUGAUGUUUCUUCUUCUCUGGCUCACGAGGAUGUUGUCUCUACUCAUUAUAAAAUGAUGAACAUUCUGAUUUGGAACUGUAGGGGUGCUAUGAAACCUCAAUUCAGGAAGACGGUCAUGGAUUUGGUGGAAUGGCAUGCACCAAUCUUUAAGGUGAUCACUGAAACCAGGAUGAAUGGUGCUAGAGUAGAUGAGAUCAUUGAAACCCUUCCUUUUGAUGGGCAUGCAGUGGUUGACACCAUUGGAUUUGCUGGAGAAAUAUGGUUGCUGUGGCGUUCAGACUUGGUGAAUGUGGAUAUCCUGGCAGCUACAAAGCAAGAGACUCAUGCAUUGAUACGGGUAAGGUCUCAAACUCUAUGCUGGUUAAUUAGUGCAAUUUAUGCCAGUCCUCGUUUUGAAGAAAGAUGCAUUGUUUGGAAUAAUCUUAGGAUGUUAGCUAACAUGCAUGAUUUACCUUGGGCCCUUAUGGGGGACUUUAAUGAAGUUUUGUCUGAGGAUGAGAAAUAUGGGGGGAAUCCAAUCUGCCAGAGAAGGGUUAGGGCCAUUAAGGAAUGUAUGGAUGAUUGUAGGAUGAUGGACCUGGGGUUUUCAAGCCCAAAAUAUACUUGGACUAAUAAGAGGGAAUUGGGUAAUUUGAUACAGUGUAGACUUGAUAGAUGUUGGGUUAAUCCGGGUUGGAAGGAAUUAUAUCCGGAAGCUAACAUCACCCACUUAGCCAGGAUAAAUUCAGAUCACUGUCCUCUUCUGCUUAGUUUGAAUCCUUUUUUGGGGUCCACUGCUGACAGGCCUUUUAGAUUUCAGUCAAUUUGGCUAAGCCACAGUGACUUCCCAACUGUUGUGAGGGAUGCUUGGGCUGGUAGGGAAGAGAAUUUAGCUGAGGCAAUCUCUAGCUUCUCGACCAAAGCUCAAAGAUGGAAUAGAGAAGUGUUUGGGAAUGUUUUUGUUAGAAAAAAGAAAAUUUUGGCCAGGUUAUUAGGUACCCAAAAAGCCUUAGCUACCUGUCCAAAUGGUUUUUUGAUUAAUUUACAAGAUCGUUUGACUGAAGAAUAUAACUCUAUCAGCCAGCUAGAAGAGGAGCUGUGGGCUUUGAAAUCUAGAACUAAUUGGAUUAUUUUGGAGGAGAGGAAUACUUCGUACUUUCACAUUUCCACGCUCCGCAGAAGAAGCAAGAAUAAAAUUACUAGUAUACAAAAUAAUGAGGGUGAAUGGUGUCACAAUAUUGAGGAAGUGAAGGAAAUUUUUAGUACAAGUUUUAAGAAGCUGUAUAAAUCCGAACAAGUGUUUUGUCCUAUUGCCCCCCAAUGGAGAUCGGAUUGGUGUGCCAAGCUCAGCCAUGAAGAUGCUGUUAGUAUGGAUAAUAUUCCCUCGGAUGGGGAAAUUUGGAAUGCUCUCAAAACAAUGAAGCCCUACAAAGCUCCUGGUGUUGACGGGCUUCAUGCAGGUUUUUUCCAAAGGUUCUGGUUAGUGGUGGGGGAAUCGGUUAAAAAGGAAAUUAAAGAAGUGUUUAGGAAGCAAAAAGUUCCAGAGUAUCUUAACCAGAACUUAAUUGUUUUGAUUCCUAAACAAUCUGGUUCAGAAACUGUUAAUCAAUAUAGGCCCAUAAGCCUUUGCAACACGAUAUAUAAGACAGCUUUUAUUGAAGGCAGAAGGGGUUCAGAUAACGUCAUAAUUGCCCAAGAAUUAAUUUACUCUCUUAGGAAGAGGAAGGGGAGGACAGGGUUCAUGGUUGUGAAGAUAGAUCUUGAAAAGGCCUAUGACCGCCUAGAGUGGUCGUUCAUUAAAAUGGUGCUUGAACAUUUUGGUUUUCCAGAGAAUAUGAUAAGGUUGAUAUUGAGUUGUGUCUCCUCCACUACCACAGUGCUAUUGUUCAAUGGUAGCAAACUUGAGUCUUUCCAACCUUCAAGAGGAAUAAGACAGGGAGAUCCCAUCUCUCCCUAUCUUUUUCUGUUGUGUAUGGAGUUUCUUGGAGCCCAAAUCACUGGUAUGUGUGAGGAUAGAAGGUGGGAUAAAGUAAGGGCUUCUAGAAGUGGUCCGAGCUUUUCUCACGUAUUUUUUGCUGAUGACUUGAUGCUGUUUGCCAAAGCAGACUACAAAAACUGCGAAGCUAUCAUUGAAGUUCUUGACAAUUUCUGCAACCUGGCUGGGCAGAAAGUUAACUAUACCAAAUCUAAGGUUCUUUUUUCUCCUAAUGUGACUAGAGGAAGGGCGAGAGGCAUUUGUAGGAGAUUGGGUAUUGCCGCAACCAACAACCUAGGUAAAUACCUUGGUUUUCCCAUUAUUAACCAAGGAAGAGUGGGGAAUGCCUUUAAUUUUGUGGUUAACAAGAUCCAAAGUAAGCUGGAUGGUUGGAGAUCUAAACUGUUAUCAAGGGCUGGUAAGCUAGUUCUUGUUAAAUCCUCCGCGGCUCCUGUGGCAGAAUAUUAUAUGCAAUGCCAUUUGUUGCCUGUUAAAGUUUGCAACCAAAUUGAUAAGCUUCAAAGAGACUUUCUUUGGGGUUCAACUGAGGAAAAAAGGAGGCUGCAUCUGGUUAGGUGGGAGACUGUGACACUUCCCAAAGAACUUGGAGGGCUGGGGCUGCAUAAUAUGAGGGAUAGGAACUGUGCUUUGUUAGCAAAGCUUUGCUGGAGAUUAGCUUGUGAGCAGGAAGCACCUUGGGCGAAGAUGCUGGUGACUAAAUACCUCUCGCCCAGUAGAUUAAGUGAUGAAGGUAAUAAGCUUCCUUGCUCCUCUAUUUGGGCAGCUUGCAAGAAAGGUGGACCAGUCUAUGUCAAGGGGCUAAAAUGGUCAGUGAGGAAUGGGGAGAAAGUAAAGGUGUGGGAUGAUUUUUGGCUUCCUAUUGGUCCUUUGAAAAACAUAAUUGAAGGGCCUUUAAACCGGCAUGAUAAUCUCAUUACGGUGAAGCAAUGUUUUAAUCAAAACCAUGAAUGGCAAGCUCAAUGUCUUUCUUUUGAUCUGCCGGAACACAUUCUCAGUGUCAUCAAAGCUACUCCGCUGUCUUGCAGCCCGGAAGUUGAGGAUUCACUUCAUUGGGCCUUUUCCAAAAAUGGUUUUUCCUCUUUGAAAUCUGCAUACUUGUUGGCAAGAGAUUUAAACCCUUUGAACCUUGAUACUAUUAUAGUGGAUUGGCAAAUUCAAUUCCCGGUUUGUCUAAGGGAUACUUUUAGUUUACCGGUUAGUAGAUGGCUUGAAGUCAACUGUAAGGCAGAAAUCAAUCACAGUAGAAUGGGCAUUCCUUGGAAGAUUGUGUUUCCCAUGGGAGUGUGGCAGCUAUGUUUGCAUAGAAACACUUUUCUUUUCAAAUCCGGCAAGGUGAACCGGUCUUGUUUCAGUAAGAGUGUUAAGGAUAGUGUAGAGUUCUUCUUUAUAGGGCUGAAUGCUAAAUUGCCUAAAGUCAAAUCUGUUGUGGCCGUGGGAUGGAAGAAACCUCUAGCGGGUUGGGUGAAGCUAAAUUCAGAUGGUUCAGCUCUUAGCAGCCUAGGACGUGCUGGUGGGGGCGGAGUGAUUAGAGACCAUGAGGGGAAAUGGUUGAAAGGUUAUGCUAGGUCUCUUGGUAGCACCAACAGCUAUGUGGCUGAACUAUGGGCUGUGAGGGAUGGUCUUUUACUUGCUAAGGAAAUGGGGUUGCACAACAUCAUUGUAGAGCUGGAUGCAUUAAGUGUUGUAUUACUCUUAAACAAUAAUACCACCAACUUGACUUUGGAACCUUUGCUUAAUGAUUGUAGGAACCUAGUGAAGGAGUUCCCCAACAUGCAGAUAAAGCACAUAUAUAGGGAGGCCAACCAAUGUGCGGAUGCAAUGGCCAAAAUGGGCGCAAACAAUGUAAACUCUUUUGUUGUUUUUUUGAAUACACCGUCUGUGGUGGAAAGAAUCCUAGCUAAUGAUGAAGCUAGCUUGUGUUGUAACAGACUUGUUUGUUCCUAG